GCUCGUGAACGCAGCAGUCAGAAUCGAGGACAUGGGACCGUGAGAGUAUGGCGGAUGCCGAGGAGCCGGAGAAGAAAAGAAGGCGAAUAGAGGACCUGACUGAGAAAAUGGCUGUAGAUGGAGGACACAGGGACGGUAGUUGCGACUGGGACGGCCGGUGGAAUCACGUGAGGAAGUUUCUAGAGAGACCGGGCCCGUUCACACAUCCUGACUUUGAGCCGAGUACUGAGUCUUUACAGUUUUUGUUGGAGACAUGUAAGAUACUGGUCAUUGGUGCAGGAGGACUUGGAUGUGAACUCCUUAAGAAUCUGGCCCUGUCUGGGUUUCGCCUUAUUCAUGUGGUUGACAUGGAUACGAUUGAUUUGUCCAACCUCAACAGACAGUUUCUUUUCAGACUCAAAGACGUUGGACGACCAAAGGCAGACGUGGCUGCUGACUUUGUCAACAGUCGUAUCCCAGGAUGUAAAGUCGUCCCUCACUUUAAAAAGAUCCAGGACUUCGAUGAGUCUUUCUACAGACAGUUCCACAUCAUCGUGUGCGGACUAGACUCCAUCAUCGCCAGACGCUGGAUGAACGGGAUGCUGAUAUCCCUUCUGAGCUAUGAAGACGGAGUCCUGGAUCCCAGCUCCAUCAUCCCCCUCAUUGAUGGAGGGACAGAGGGCUUUAAAGGAAACGCUCGUGUCAUUCUGCCGGGCAUGACUGCAUGUAUCGACUGCACACUGGAGCUGUACCCGCCACAGAUAAAUUUUCCCAUGUGCACCAUUUCGUCAAUGCCGAGGCUACCAGAACACUGCAUCGAAUAUGCCAGAAUCUUGCAGUGGCCCAAAGAAAAGCCGUUCGGAGAGACGAGCUUAGACGGAGACAAUCCCCAGCACAUCCAGUGGGUGUUUGAAAGAUCCCAAGAAAGAGCUGCAGAGUUUAACAUCACAGGAGUGACAUACCGACUCACUCAAGGAGUCGUGAAGAGGAUCAUCCCUGCUGUGGCGUCGACUAAUGCUGUUAUUGCUGCUGCCUGUGCGACAGAAGUUUUUAAAAUUGCCACAAGCGCAUAUAUUCCUUUAAAUAACUACCUGGUCUUUAACGAUGUGGAUGGACUGUACACCUACACUUUUGAAGCUGAGAGAAAGGAAAAUUGUUCAGCGUGCAGCCAGGUGCCUCAGGAUCUCCAGUUCCCUCCGUCUGCCAAAUUACAGGAGGUUUUAGAGUACCUGACAGAAAACGCCUCUCUGCAAAUGAAAUCCCCAGCUAUCACCACGACUCUGGAAGGCAAGAAUAAGACGCUUUAUUUGCAGUCUGUUAAAUCCAUCGAAGAGCGAACCAGGCCAAACCUCUGCAAAACCUUAAAAGAGCUGGGCUUGUCAGACGGGCAGGAACUAGCAGUAGCCGAUGUCACCACACCCCAGACAGUUCUCUUCAAGCUCAAUUUUACUGCUUGAAUCUCCCAUUACAAGGAGCCGCACUGAUGCAUAUGAAUGCAAACUGGAUGCUUCAUCACAAGGUUACCGUGAUGUCGCAGUAGCACAUUAGAUGUGACAAUGUAAAUAAGAUGAGUAAGGUCUAACGCAUUGGAUAGGAUUGGUUGUUGUAUGAGCAUGGAAUCAUUUAACAGCAUUGUUUUUUCUAUUAGUGACAACGUUUACUUCCUCAUGUAUUUGUCCUGUGUUCUCCAAUAUUGUAGCCAUUUACCUGUCAAUCAAAUGAGAAUAAUAAUGUGCACAAUACUCUAAUAAAAUUUUAUUACCAUGAGGUAACCUCUUUUACUAGA